GGGAUAAAGCUUCUGUCCAACCAGCUGAACUAAGACUGGAGAAUAACCAGAAAGGGAACGGGAAGAGGAGCGACAACGUGUGGAGCUCCAUCACUUCCCAAAAGAUAAAAAGGCAUCAAGUUCUCACAGUGACUGAAAAACUACUUCUAGUCCUGAAGGCAUCAUGGAUACACAGUUUGUGUAUGACCUUUUAGGGGAAAAUGCUUGGUUAUACAUCUCUGCUACCUUCAUUGUGUUGUGGAUUGUCGGGUGGCUCUACAGAGACAGCCUGGAGAUUGAGGAUUUCAAAAAUAAGUAUGUCUUUGUUACUGGCUGUGACACGGGGUUUGGAAACCUGCUGUGUAAGAAACUGGAUCGUAAAGGUUUCCGUGUACUAGCUGGCUGUCUCACAGAAAAGGGAGCUGAUGAUCUGAAAAGAGUGGCAGGGCCUUAUCUGAAGACUGUCCUGCUGGAUGUGACCAGUCAGGAUAGCAUUGAAAAAGCAAUGGAGUGGACCAAGCAAGAGGUUGGCGAUAAGGGACUUUGGGGUCUUGUGAACAAUGCUGGACGUUCAUUACCCAUGGGUCCAUCAGAGUGGAUGAAAGUGGAGGAUUUCCACAGCACACUGAAAGUAAACAUGAAUGGAGUGAUUGCCAUGACAAUGACCUUCCUACCCCUCAUCAAACAGGCUCGUGGCCGUAUUGUAAAUGUAGCAUCAGUGCUUGGUAGGGUGGCAGCAAAUGGUGGUGGAUACUGCAUUUCCAAGUUUGCAGUAGAAUCUUUCUCUGACUGCCUCAGGAGAGACAUCCACUACUUUGGAAUUAAGGUGUGUAUCGUUGAGCCCGGGUUUUUCAAGACUGCAGUAACGAGCCUCGAACCCAUUGAGAGGGAGCUCCAUCGCCUGUGGAACCAACUCAGCCCUGAAGUAAAGGCCAGCUAUGGAGACAAAUACCUUGAUAAAUAUAUCAAGACACAGCGUUUGAUCAUGAAUGCCGUCUGCGACUCUGACCUCACUAAAGUGACCAACUGCAUGGAGCACGCUCUCUCUGCUGCCUACCCUCGCACCAGAUACAGUGCUGGCUGGGAUGCCAAGCUUGUCUGGAUCCCCCUCUCUUACAUGCCUUCCUUUGUAGUUGAUAUUGCACUGAAGCUCGUGCUUCCACGUCCUUCAAAGAGCGUCUGAUAUGGGAUGACCUACUUUAUGUCAUUUUGACGCAAUAAGGAAGCUGACAUUAAAAAAGUUUUUUUCUUUUAAAAAUUAUCAAUUUUCCUUAUCAGAGUUGGCAUGCGAUGAUAAUACGAUAACUUUAGAAAUUACUGUUAUUAUAUUUAUGAGUGUAUACCAUAGAAAAGUUUUUUUUCCUCUGUAAUGUCUGUUUGACACUUCUAGACAACACAAAAAAUACUCAUACAGUUUACUGUAUGCAUAUUAUUCUGUAUGUUGGGUGUUUUAACGCUAUUAUUUAAGGUGCUUGUUAUGGAUGUUGU